GAUUCCAGGCGGUGAGGUUGCCCGGCAGAGGAAGGCGCGAGGAGGUGACCAAGGCAGCAGCAUGGCUUCAUCGCAAGGGAAGAGUGAGCUGAAAUUCGCAGACUGGAUGGCAACUUUGCCAGAAAGCAUCCACAGCCUCCCCCUCACCAACCUAGCGAUCCCAGGGUCUCACGACUCCUUUAGCUUCUACAUCGACGAAGCCUCUCCAGUUGGACCUGAACAACCAGAAACUGUCCAGAAUUUUGUCUCCGUAUUUGGGACUGUAGCUAAAAAGUUGAUGAGAAAGUGGUUGGCAACACAGACGAUGAACUUUACUAGCCAACUGGGUGCUGGUAUACGAUAUUUUGAUCUCAGAAUUUCCACUAAACCCAGAGACCCUGACAAUGAACUUUACUUUGCUCAUGGUUUAUUCAGUGCCAAAGUCAAUGAGGGCCUUGAAGAGAUCAACGCAUUUCUGACUGACCACCAUAAAGAAGUGGUCUUCUUGGACUUCAAUCAUUUCUAUGGGAUGCAGAAAUAUCAUCAUGAGAACCUAGUCCAAAUGCUCAAAGGCACCUUUGGAAAUAAAAUGUGCCCUGCUAUAUUUGCCCAAGAAGUAAGUCUCCAGUACCUGUGGGAGAAGGAUUACCAAGUGUUGGUAUUUUAUCACAGUCCAGUGGCUCUUGAGGUACCAUUUCUUUGGCCAGGUCAGAUGAUGCCAGCUCCUUGGGCAAACACAACAGACCCAGAAAAACUGAUUCAGUUUCUUCAGGCAUCAAUCAUUGAGAGAAGAAAGAAGGGCUCCUUUUUUAUAUCUCAAGUGGUGCUGACCCCCAAAGCUAGUACUGUGGUUAAGGGUGUUACUAGUGGACUCAGAGAAACAAUCACAGAAAGGGCUCUUCCUGCAAUGAUGCAUUGGGUCCGAACUCAGAAACCAGGAGAAAGUGGUAUCAAUAUUAUCACUGCUGAUUUUGUAGAACUUGGUGACUUUAUCAGCACUGUCAUAAAACUCAACUAUAUCCUGGAUGAAGGCGAAGCUGAUACUACUUGAUACUACUGCAAUAUAUUUGUUGUUCAUUGAGUAGAUUUAAAAAGAAAACCCAAUUGUAUUAAAAAAAAAUAUCUUGUAACACACAGAUCUUCCUAUAACACUGAAUCUCUGAGGUGUUUAGGGCAGUAGUGGGUGGGCAAAGAGAAAUGUUUUCGUUGGUUAUUAUAAUUUUCUACCUUAAUAAACCCUCAUGUUUUUCAUUUGAAGAGCAAAACAGGAUUUCUUUAGUGGUCGACUAGAGAAAGCCACUUGCACAUUUUCCACAAAGUACCAAAUAUAAUUUCUGUGUCUUACUUCUAAGGUUAUUAAUAGUGCCAAGCAAUUUGCUGUAUGCAGACUGGAGGCACGUAUAAUGCCCUGUGUCUGCACAGGGAAUUCCCACUGACAUGAAUGUUUUGCUGCAGACUGAGGGCAGCAUAUGACCCUAACGUUUUAAUUCAAUGCACUUCAUCUGUUAGGUGGCUUAACUGAUUACAUUCAUUGGCGGUCAUCAGUUUAUUCGCCUUUGGGGAA